AUGCCCGGCGCUCAGCGAGUGGUCGACUAUUUUGCCGCAAACGACAUACCGAUGGCCAUAGCGACCGGCAAUGACCGGCACUCAUACGAUGGAAAUCGGCAGAGGUUUGACCCGUUUUUUGAUCACUUCAGUCACGCCGUACUGUCCGGUGAGAAGAGUGAAAACAUUAACCCAAAGCCCGACCCGGAUAUAUAUCUGAGAGCCUACCAGCGCUUUACCCCCAAACCCGACUCCGCGGCCAAUGUGUUGGUGUUUGAGGACAAUGAGGUGGGUGUGGAGGCGGCUGCCGGCGCCGGAAUGCCCUGUGUGUUGGUUGUGGACCAACGGCUUAACUCACAAAAGGAGUCCAAUUUUGCGACACUU